GGCGGGGGGUUGCGUAGCAGCGCCGGGGCCGGGCGGGGGGCCGGGGAGGCUGCGGCCGCCUCUGAGCCCUGCAGGGUCCCGGAGCAGCCCGAGGAGCCGGGGCUCGGCGCGGUCAAGCCCGUUUGUGACCUCCUGACUAUUCCUGUGGCAACAGGUCUUGGUCACAGGGAAGAAUGACGUUUUAAUCCGAACGAGGAGGAAGGGAAAAGAUGGGCCACUGGGAGCAGCUGCUUAAAAAGAGCAAUCAAAACCCAGCCCUCUGUCUUUGCCAGAUUGGGAGGAAUUCUGCCACAGAAGGUCUGACCAUUCAAGCCCAUGUUCUCCGUGUGGUUGAAGCCACUUUCAGCACCUACAACCACUAAGGGUAAUUCUACGCUGGAAACAGUAACCGAUUGAUCUGGAAAACCUGGCACAUGAAUAAAGGCUCCAGCUACCAAUAAAACAGGCCGUAUCAGUUGGCAGAAGCUGCCCAGGGUUCUGGCGACGGUGAUGAGCAAUGGGGUAUGAUGUAGCCCGCUUUCAGGGGGAUGUUGAUGAAGACCUUAUAUGCCCCAUCUGCAGUGGGGUCCUGGAGGAGCCAGUGCAGGCUCCGCAUUGUGAGCACGCCUUCUGCAACGCCUGCAUCACCCAGUGGUUCUCCCAGCAGCAGACCUGCCCCGUGGACCGCAGCGUUGUCACUGUGGCCCACCUCCGCCCCGUCCCCCGGAUUAUGCGGAACAUGCUCUCCAAGCUGCAGAUCACGUGCGACAACGCUGUUUUCGGCUGCACGGCGGUCGUGCGACUCGACAACCUGAUGUCUCACCUCAGUGACUGCGAACAUAACCCAAAGCGGCCGGUGACGUGCGAGCAAGGAUGUGGCUUGGAAAUGCCCAAAGAUGAGCUGCCGAAUCACAACUGCAUCAAGCACUUAAGGUCGGUGGUGCAGCAGCAGCAGACGAGAAUUGCCGAGCUGGAGAAGACUUCAGCGGAGCACAAGCAUCAGCUAGCUGAGCAGAAACGGGACAUCCAGCUGCUGAAGGCCUACAUGCGAGCCAUCCGCAGCGUCAACCCCAACCUGCAGAACCUGGAAGAGACCAUUGAAUACAAUGAAAUCCUAGAGUGGGUGAACUCCUUGCAGCCUGCCCGGGUGACGCGAUGGGGCGGGAUGAUCUCCACGCCGGAUGCUGUGCUCCAGGCGGUCAUCAAGCGCUCGCUGGUGGAAAGCGGGUGCCCCACCUCCAUCAUCAACGAGCUGAUCGAGAACGCCCACGAGCGGAACUGGCCGCAGGGCCUGGCCACCCUGGAAACCCGCCAGAUGAACCGGCGCUAUUACGAGAACUACGUGGCCAAGCGCAUCCCCGGCAAGCAGGCCGUGGUGGUGAUGGCCUGCGAGAACCAGCACAUGGGGGAGGACAUGGUGCUCGAGCCGGGGCUGGUGAUGAUAUUUGCACACGGAGUGGAGGAGAUCUAAAGACUUUUAAAGAGAGAGAAACAUUUUGUGCUUGAAAAAAAAUAACUUGUCUAAGCCGCUGACUCUUCUCCCCGCCCCCGUCAGUCACAGCAUUAUAUCAGGGCAUUAUUCCUCCAAGCGUGUGGCUCGUAAUUUAAAAAGCGAUUAAAGGCCUCUGGCAAACGCUCCCUCGUCACGCUGGGCAGUCACCCAGCAUCAAAUGCAAAAUGCGGUUUGCCUCUUGCAGCAGAUCCGCCUCCCAGUCCAGUGUCCGUGUGGCUUCUAACUGGCUUUGAAAAGCACACAGCCCCUCGAAACCCACUGCGGGCUUUAGAGCAGGCCUGCUGGGGCCUGAAAGCUGACACCUCUGCCAUCGUCCUGGCCUCCUGGCGUAGUCCAGACCAAACGGGCCAGCGGAUCUCGGCAUGGUGCCGCCCUGGGGUGACCCAACCGCACAGUGUUCACAUCUGCGCCGAAGCUUUAUUUUUCCCCACCACCGCCAUCCCGGUUUCUUUCCUCACUCUGAGGCACCUGUGUGAAAGCCACAGCUCUCCAGCCGGGCUCACGUACGCCCGCGUGGUGUGCGGGACUGCAAAGGCAGGUCUCGCUUUGCAGCCUUUGGUGGGAGGUGGGAAGGGGGAUCCUGCUCAGAUCGCUGAUGGUUCAGCCGGGGGGCUAAGCUGCAGACACGAGUGAUGCCAAAUAACCGCCCCCUUCUCCCCACAAGUGAGUAGUGAGUUCAACAUAACGGCGUUUUGCAGCCAAACAGCUGAGCCACCGAGCAAAUGCGCUCUGGAGCUUGGCCAUGUGGCCUUAUGCUGCGUUGGGGAGAAACCCGGCUUCACGGGGGAAUUCGAAGUGGAACUAAACUCUUUCCUUGGACAGCCCUCCCACUCUGAGCCUACCGGACGCUCUGAGCGAGGAGACGGACUCCAGAAGCCUGUUAUGUGGACAGCCUCUCUACCUGCCAGUGAAGGUAGAGAGCCUCCACUUCUUGCCCAGAACCUAGAUUCAGCUGUCCUGUUUGUGUGUGCGUUGAACAGUCGACAAAGAGCUUUAUGUAUUUUUUCAGACACUUUGUGAUUGUGAUUCGGUUUUUUUGUACCUUUUUUUGCCUUGUUUGUAUUUUUUCCCUUUUUAUUUUAUUUUUUAAAUACAGUGGCCAGAAAUGCUGCCAGGUUCAAUUAAGUUUAUUUGUCGGGAAUUUAAUUUAUUUGCAUUUGUGGGACUUUUUUGCUGGGGGGUUGGUUUUUGUUCCUUUCUUUCAGUGUUUGUCUUGCCUGGAGACUUUGUUUCCUCUUUAGUUCAUUGUUUUGUGCCCAAGGUGGCUGCGUGUGGGACAGGGAGUGAAUUGUCAAUAAAUAAGAGGUUCUGAUUGCUUUAAUCCAGACCUUGACACUACCAUCCCUUUGGAGACUGCUUGCAUCUCUUUGGUCCUCUGAAUAGCUUGAGCCUCCCCAGCUGCGAGCCAGAAGCUGGGAAUAGGGCAACAUAAAUUGGCCGGGUAAGAGUUUGAAUUCCCAGUUAACUGCUCCACAAACAAGCACCUCUCCUGGGUUCCCGUUCAGUCGGUCAACAGCGGAGCUCCCUCCGCCGCUGGCAAUGACUUGUACUGAGAUCAGACCCCCCCAUCCCUCUGCCCCAGCUGUCUGCCAUACCCUGCCCCAGCUGGCAGAGCAGCCCUGCAAAAGUGAGAGUUCUUGGAGACCAUCUUCAGGGGCAGCAGCUGUCCAGUGGGUGAUUACCCCGCAGACCAUCUCCAUUGCUGAAAUGGGAGCCUGCCCAGAUGUAGGCUCCAUAAGAACUAUGUUUCCCAUCAUGCCUCACUCUGAUUGGCCUCGGUCAGCCCAGCUGUAUGACGCUAGAGAAAGGUAGAGGGUGGCUGAGGGUCUUGGAGGGAGCUAGAAGUGCCUCCCGGUGCUCUGAGCAGAGGAGGCCUCCCCUCGCCCAGCUGCCUGUUACAAAGGUGUGUCCCCUUUUCUUCUGGUCCUGGAGCUGCAACGCAGACCAUGGGCAGGGAGACACUGCAUGAGAACUAUUGCUCUCGAGCCGCAGCAGCGGGUUUUGUUUCACGCUGUCCAGAUACUGUUUCCAGUUUCCCUCCACUGUUUGGUGGACAUCGGGGAAGCCUUUGCGUCCUGCUUUAGAGGCUCUGUAAACUGCAGCAGGAGUUCAGUUUGGCAUUCACCUUUACCACCCGGCCUGCCUGGGUGGAGUUUUUAGGGUCCUUCUUUUAAUGCAUUUUUGUUUCUCUUUCAACUGGCAAAUUUGCUCAUGUGGGUUGGUUUGUUUUUGUUUUAAUGCAGCAUAUUUCUUGACGAAAUCCAGCUAGUUCUCUGUUUCAGGACAUGGCUUGGCUUUCCCCCUGCAGUUGUAGAAGCUCUUUGUUGGGUAACUUCAUAGUUUUCCGUGUGUCUCGUAUCCUACGUUACAAGCAUCUGGCGUGUUCUUCAGAAGUUGGAUCAGUUUGAGGUAUGGAGCAGGUUGUGUUUGAACUCACGUCUCGAUGAUGACGUGUGUAGAAGGGGAAUUAUUGGGUGGGAGCUCUGCCCAACCCAGACCCUUAUGCUCAGGAAUUAGAAAAAGCUGCUAAAUCCAACCUGGUAACUGUAUCUGGCUAGCUGUUCUCUUUUAAAAAAAAACAAACAAACAAAAAAAAACGGAUUCCCCGCCUCCACUAGACCCUUCGCUUCCAGAGAUGGCCUCUGUCUCCUUUCCAUUGGAGGAACUGGGCGCUCGGAAAUCAGACUAGACUUGCAAUGGUGUCUUCGCUGGUUGUGUCUUGUGUGUGCUGUUUAAUUGUGUUGACUGCACUAAUAAACUGCCUUUUCUUGA